AAGCAUGUAUUAUCAAUUUAUCCGACCCAAAAACGAGUUUGGGAUCGACAGACAGAAAAUGAACCUGCUGUGCUGUGUUGCUGUGAGGUUUGAAAUGAAUAAAUAAGGUGUUUCUCUCCAUCCCGGCAGUGGACCGCUGGAGAUGCUGCGGCUGCAUUGAUAGAGUUGAGAGAUUCGUACAGAAGUGACGAGGCAGCCUCAACCGGAUAGGAUAACAACCUCCUAGCACUUACUGCGAUAGACUGAGUCAACGUUGUUGUAUGACAGCAAGAUGCACUGACUGUGGACCGGACCAGAAAAUGCAUCGUUUCAGAGGCGAAAUAUGAACGCACAUUCCACUUUGGUUUUCUUUUAUUUGCAAGGCGUUGAAACGCAGUGAUAUAUUUCCGUGGAUCUGAGCGGUUUAUGCAACUUUUUCCCGGUCCUUUUUCCAUGAUAACGGCGAACCCGUGCUUGGUUUACCUGGAAUUUUACCAGGAUCAUGUGGACCCCGACGGAAGAGGAGAAAAUCGGAGUUGUGAUCUGUACAUUCCGCGGGACGGUGACCCAUGGUCUGGCUCUGGAGAUCGGAGAGACAGUCCAAAUACUGGAGAAAUGUCAAGGAUGGUACCGAGGAUCCUCCACCAGGAAACCCACAAUCAAGGGGAUCUUCCCAACCAGCUAUGUUCACUUGAAGAAGGCCAUUGUAACCAACAGAGGGCAGUAUGAGACAGUGGUGUCGUUGGAAGACCCCAUUGUGACGGAGGUGACGUCCACUCUGCAGGAAUGGGCCCUGUCGUGGAAGCAACUCUACGUGAAACACAAGGUGGACUUGUUCUACAAGUUGCGUCACGUGAUGAAUGAGCUGUGUGACCUUCGGAGACAGAUGCUGUCUGGUCACCUGACCCAGGAUCAGUUCAGAGAUGUCAAGAAACACAUCACAGUCCGCCUGGACUGGGGCAACGAACAACUAGGCCUGGAUCUCGUACCCAGGAAGGAGUUUGAGAUGGUUGAUGCAGAACAAAUCAGCGUCUCAGACUUAUACAAAAUGCACCUGUCCAGCAGACACAGUGUCCAGCAAAGCACAACCCAGGGUGACAGUGUGCGUCGGGGUCACGGUGUAGAGCCCUGCUGUAUCCCCGUCCCUCACCACCUGUUCAUCAACCUGAAGAGCUUCACCUACAACACCAUGGGAGAAGAUACAGACAUCUUCUUCUCUCUCUACGACCUCAGGGAGGGGAAUCACAUCAGUGAGAAGUUUAUGGUCAGACUGAACAAGAAUGGAGGUCCCAAAAAUCCAGAAAAGGUUGACCGACUGUGUGCUCUCUUCACGGAUCUAAGCAAUAAGGACAUGAAGCGGGACCUGUAUAUUGUUUCCCAAGUCAUCAGAACUGGUCGGAUGCUGCUGAAUGAUACUAAGAAGGGUCCUCCUCACGUCCAGUACAGAAGGCCGUACGGCUGUGCGGUUCUGGCCAUGAGUGAUGUCCUACAGACCAUCUCAGAACUAAAGGAGGAGAAGGACUUUGUACUCAAAGUCUACACAUGUAACAAUGAGAACGAGUGGUACCAGAUCCAUGAAAACAUCAUAAGAAAAUCCAGCACCAAGUACACAGCUCCCAGCACCAACUAUGGUCUGAUCAUAUCUCUCCAGCUACUGCGAGGAGAGAUGGAACAGAUCAGGAGAGAGAACCCAAUGAUCUUCAAUAGAGGCGUGGCCUUGACACGCAAGCUGGGUUUCCCCGAUGUCAUCAUGCCAGGUGACAUCCGUAACGACCUGUACCUCACCUUGGAAAGAGGAGACUUUGAGAGGGGAGGAAAGAGUGUCCAGAAGAACAUUGAGGUCUCCGUCUACGUGCUCUUCACAGACGGAGAAAUACUCAAAGACUGUAUCAGCCUGGGCAGUGGUGAGCCUCACAUCAGCGAACAUCGUUCCUUUGUCCUCUACCACAACAACAGCCCCCGCUGGAGCGAGGUGGUUAAACUACCCAUCCCCAUAGACCGCUUCAGAGGGUCACACCUACGCUUCGAGUUCAGACACUGCUCCACCAAAGACAAGGGGGAGAAGAAGCUGUUUGGUUUUGCCUUCACACCACUGAUGAGAGAGGACGGGACAACGCUAUCAGACGAGAGUCACGAGCUCUUUGUGUACAAGUGUGAUGAGAAUGCUACGUUCAGUAACCACGCGUUGUACCUGGGUCUGCCCUGCUGUAAGGAGGACUUCAACGGCUGUCCCAACAUCCCCUCCAGCCUCAUCUUCCAACGCAGCACCAAGGAGACCCUCUGGAUCUCCACACAGCUCUCCUCCACCAAGCUCACACAGAAUGUGGACCUGCUUGCGUUGUUGAAGUGGAAGGCCCACCCUGACAGAGUGAUGGACAUCAUGGGGAGACUACGUCACGUCAGUGGAGAGGAGAUCGUCAAGUUUCUUCAAGACAUCUUGGACACCCUGUUUUCCAUCCUGGAUGACAACACUGACAAGUACGGUCCCCUGGUGUUCCAGUCACUGGUUUUCAUCAUUAAUCUGCUGAGGGACAGUAAGUACUAUCACUUCUGCCCCGUCAUGGACACUUACAUCCAGAAGCACUUUGCUGGAGCGCUGGCGUACAAAGAGUUGAUCCGCUGUCUGAAGUGGUACAUGGACCGUUCUGCAGAGGUGGUGAGACAGAACCACAUCCAGGAGGCCAUGAGGGCUCUGGAGUACCUGUUGAAGUUUAUUAUCCAGUCUCGUAUCCUGUACUCCCGUGCUACCUGUGGUAUGGAGGAAGAACAGUUCAGAGCCAGCAUCCAGGAGCUCUUCUUGUCCAUCCGCUUUGUCCUCAGUCUGGACAGCCGCGGUUCUGAGACGCUCGUUUUCACACAGGUCCCCCAGCCUAACUCUGGACAGGGACAGCCCCCAGGCCCCAUCAGCUGUACUCAGGCCUGGAGCUCCAACGCUCCUCGCCCCUCUCCUCUCUCAGCGGCGCUAUUGAACUCGUUCCCGGCUAUCUUUGACGAACUGCUUCAGAUGUUUACGGUCCAGGAAGUGGCAGAGUUCGUACGGGGCACGCUGGGCAGUAUGCCAAGUACCGUACACAUCGGACAGUCCAUGGACGUGGUCAAACUGCAGUCCAUCGCUCGCACCGUCGACAGCCGCCUCUUCUCUUUCCCAGAGUCUCGUAGGAUCUUGCUUCCUGUAGUUCUACAUCACAUCCACCUCCACCUGAGACAGCAGAAAGAGCUCCUCAUCUGUUCUGGCAUCCUCAGCAGUAUCUUCUCCAUCAUCAAGACCAGCUCUCUGGACACCCCAGUGCAGGAGGAGGUAGAGAUGAUGGUGGAAUCUCUCCUGGAUGUGCUUCUCCAGACCCUGCUGGCCAUCAUGACCAAGUCUCAGUCCCAGGAGGCGGUAAGAGGCCAUCGCUGCCCGCAGUGCACGGCUGAGAUCACUGGAGAAUAUGUGUCCUGCCUCCUAUCCCUGCUGCGUCAGAUGUCUGACAUCCACUUCAACCAUCUACUGGACAACUUCCAGAGCAAAGAGGAAGUCAAGGAGUUCCUUCUGAAGAUAUUCUGUGUGUUUCGUAACCUGAUGAAGCUCAGUAUUUUUCCCCGGGACUGGAACGUGAUGAGGCUGCUAACCAGCAACACCAUAGUGACAACUGUCCAAUAUCUGUCCCCGGCUUUGCACAAGAACUUCACCGAGGCUGACUUUGAAUUCAAGGUGUGGAACUCAUACUUCAGUCUGGCUGUUCUCUACAUCAGCCAGCCCAGUCUACAACUAGAGAACACCACCCCAGCCAAGAGGAAGAACGUGUUGGACAAGUAUGGUGACAUGAGAGUGAUGAUGGCCUAUGAGCUGUUCAGCAUGUGGCAGAACCUCGGUGAGAACAAGAUCCACUUCAUCCCAGGUAUGAUAGGUCCGUUCCUGGGUGUGACCCUGGUGCCUCAGGGGGAGGUCAGGAACAUCAUGAUCCCUAUCUUCCACGACAUGAUGGACUGGGAGCAGAGGAAAAACGGGAACUUCAAACAGGUGGAGGCAGAGCUGAUAGACAAGCUGGACAGUCUGGUGUCUGAGGGGAAAGGAGACGAGAACUACCGAGAACUAUUCAGCCUGCUAACCCAGCUCUUUGGGCCUUACCCCAGUCUGCUGGAGAAGAUUGAGCAAGAGACGUGGAGGGAGACGGGGAUCUCCUUCGUCACCUCUGUCACACGGUUGAUGGAACGUCUGCUGGACUACAGGGACUGCAUGAAAGGAGACGAAACAGAGAACAAGAAGAUUGGCUGUACUGUCAACCUGUUGAACUUCUACAAGUCAGAGAUAAACAAGGAGGAGAUGUACAUCCGCUACAUCCACAAGCUGUGUGACAUGCACCUUCAGGCUGACAACUACACAGAGGCUGCGUUCACCCUGCUGUUGUACUGGGAGCUACUGCAUUGGGAAGAGAGGCCUCUAAGGGAGUUCUUACACUACCCAGCCCAGAGCGAGUGGCAUCGCAAAGAAGGCCUCAGUCGCAAGGUCAUCCACUACUUCAACAAGGGAAAGUGCUGGGAAUACGGGGUACCGUUGUGCAGAGAGCUGGCUUUCCAGUAUGAGACAUUAUACGACUACCAAAGCCUCAGCUGGAUAAGGAAAAUGGAAGCUGCUUACUAUGACAGCAUCAUGGAGCAGCAACGUCUAGAGCCAGAGUUCUUCAGGGUGGGCUUCUACGGACGCAAGUUCCCCUUCUUCCUAAGAAACAAGGAGUUUGUCUGCCGCGGUCAUGACUACGAACGGCUUGAAGCCUUCCAGCAAAGGAUGCUGGGAGAAUUCCCUCAAGCCAUUGCCAUGCAGCACCCUAAUCAACCAGACGAGGCCAUCUUACAGUGUGAUGCCCAGUACCUGCAGAUCUAUGCGGUGACGCCGGUUCCGGAGAAUGUCAAAAUUCUCCAAAUGGACCGCGUUCCAGACCGCAUCAAGAGCUUCUACCGUGUCAACAACGUGCGCCGCUUUCGAUACGACCGGCCCUUCCACAAAGGAUCCAAAGACCGAGAGAACGAGUUCAAGAGCUUGUGGAUCGAGAGGACUACGCUGAUCCUCACACAUCCUCUUCCUGGUAUCUCCCGCUGGUUUGAGGUGGAGAAGAGAGAGCUGGUGGAGGUAAGUCCUCUGGAGAAUGCCAUCUACGUGGUGGAGAACAAGAACCAUGAGCUGCGGACCCUGAUCAGCCAGUACCAACACAAGCAGCUCCAUGGCAACAUCAACCUGCUGUCCAUGUGUCUCAAUGGGGUCAUUGACGCUGCCGUCAACGGGGGCAUCGCCAGAUACCAGGAGGCCUUCUUUGAUAAGGAGUACAUCAGCAGCCACCCAGAAGACACAGAGAAGAUCACUGCCCUCAAAGACCUCAUGCAGGAACAGGUUUACAUCCUGGGGUCGGGGCUUGCGGUCCAUGACAAGCUGGUGCACCCUGAAAUGCGUCCCCUGCACAAGAAGCUGAUAGAUCAGUUCCAGAUGAUGAGGAGCAGUCUCUAUGGUCUGCCGGGACUGGACAAGCUGAGUCCUGCCUGUUCUAGUGUCAGCACCACAAGAGGCAUCCUGGCUACGCACAGCCCCAUGAGCCCUGACAGCUUCAAACUCAUUCACAGGCACAGUCCACUGAAUCUGCUGGGGUCUACCCGCCAGUCGUCCUCCUCCCUGUCCUCUCACACCUCCAGCGAGACGGGUAACCUGGUGAUCCUGACGGACAGCGUGGUGAUGGAACACCCCGAGGACGUCUACCGUAUGCAGCCCAGUCCUUCGUCCUCCAGUCUGAGCUCCACCCACUCAGCCCCCUCCCAGAUGAUGAACUCUGCCCCCAACAGUAUCAGAGGUUCCCCGUCGCUGCCAGAAAAAUACAGACACAACCGUGAGAUGUUGAUGCUGCUGCCUCUGCACCGUGAGAGACCCAGCUCCGCUAUGUACCCCAACAUCACUGAAAACGGACAGCCAACUAACUUCCAGCGAGCGUUGUUCCAUCAGGUGAUUGGUCCGUGCAAGCCCUGUAGCGACCCGAACCUGUCCGUAGCGGAGAAAGUCCUGACCACCCCCAGCUCCUGGAGUCUGGACAGUGGUACCAGAGAGGCGUUGCCAUUCCUGUCCACCCACGUUGGGAGUGUGAUGGCCCCCCCAGUCCCGCCCCGUAGCCUUCCCCAUGGACACUUCUCCAUGAACUUUGAUGCUUUCCACCACCAGAACAGCGACCUCCCUCCAGCUCUCCCUGCACGCUCCUCUUUACGAAAGUCACCCCUGCACCCUAUACCUGCCUCGCCCACCAGUCCCCAGUCCCAGUCCGGCCUGGAUGGCAGUAACUCUACCCUCUCUGGCAGCGCCUCCUCCGGCGUCUCAUCCUUGAGUGAGAGCAACUUGUUGGGCCAGUCCUGCUCCACCGAGGCCCCUGGAACUACCAGCAGACACCCAGCAGGCACCCUGGACUCUGUCUCCAUCACCCCUGGCACGGUGCACUCUAUCUGGGCCAUAGACAGAGAAGACCUGGGAAUGAACUCCCCCUCUAGUCCCUACCUGCCUGUCCGAUACAGCGUCUCCGAGCCAGAGGUCCUGGAUGGCUCCAAACCCACUCCUUGCCGUAGUCACUCCGCCCCUGGGUGGGUCACCCCGGUCAUCACCCCUAUUAUCCCCGUCCUCCCAGAGGCCCACACCCUAAACAUCCAGAACUUGCCCCACUACCACCAGGAGCCCCCGCCCGCCCUGCCCCCCAAGCCCUACCUGAGAGAGGGGUGUAUCCCUGAGGAAGGGUGUAUUCUCGUGCCCAGGCCCAUGCCACGCAAGAUCUCUCAGCCUCUCAUCACCUCCAAGGAAGAGCAGGCCAAGGUGGCGUGGGAGCAGGUCAUCACAGAGGAUUAAAGAGCAGGCCAAGGUGGCGUGGGAGCACGUCAUCACAGAGGAGUAAAGCGCAGGCCUGGGGUUUAUUCAGUCAGUGAUGUGAAACUUUGUGAAUGUUUCAGAUAUAAAUAGUGUGAAUAGAGCUGACACCUGAUCCCCCCCUAUUCCAUCUGACAGACAAUCAUAUCUGUUCUACAUUAUAUAUUUCUAUCUGAAUGUUCUGUAACUUUAUAUCCUCCUGAACAUGCCCAUUGUUUAGAAAUGGUUGGGGCCAGUGUUAGGGCCUGGGUUAGGACCUGUCUCUCUGAGGGGCCAGUGUUAGGGCCUGGAUUAGAACCUGUCUCUCUGAGGGGCCAGUGUUAGGGCCUGGAUUAGAACCUGUCUCUCUGAGGGCCCAGUGUUAGGACCUGUCUCUCUGAGGGGCCAGUGUUAGGGCCUGUCUCUCUGAGGGGCCAGUGUUAGGACCUGUCUCUGAGGGGCCAGUGUUAGGGCCUGUCUCUCUGAAAGGGCCAGUGUUAGGACCUGUCUCUCUGAGGGGCCAGUGUUAGGGCCUGUCUCUCUGAAAGGGCCAGUGUUAGGACCUGUCUCUCUGAGGGGCCAGUGUUAGGACCUGUCUCUCGGAGUGGCCAGUGAUAGAACCUGUCUCUCUGAUGGCCCUGUGUUAGGACCUGUCUCUCUGAAGGGCCAGUGUUAGGGCCAGUGUUAGGACCUGUCUCUCUGAAGGGCCAGUGUUAGGGCCAGUGUUAGGACCUGUCUCUCUGAAGGGCCAGUGUUAGGGCCAGUGUUAGGACCUGUCUCUCUGAGGGGCCAAUGUUAGGACCUGUCUCUCUGAGGGGCCAGGGAUAUAGAGGGGAAUGGCAAAAAAUGAUCCCCCUCCUCCCAGUUCAUUCCUCACAGAGUAUCCUAUUUUGGUAUUGGAGAAUGCUAGCUGUGAUCUAAUUGUUCACAUCUAAAUGUGUUUGUUUGAAAAUGCAUCUUUGGAAUGAUAAGUCUUUUUCUAUUUUUGAUUUCUUAUUCUUUCAAACUCUUGUCAGAAAGAGAGAAAAAAAAGUAUAUUGAAUGUUCUUUCUAUGAAUUGGGUCACUAACUCACACCAAUGAUGGGAACUACCUUUUCAGAAAACGCGUCAUUCUGUGAAUAAAAAGUCAUGCAUUUAAUUAUUUUAUUGAUUGAUAGUUCAGGACCACAUGCAGGUUUCCAAAUCAUUGCACAAAGGGAACUCGUGGAUUGUAAAACCAGACAUUUAAACAGACAUUUGAAUUAAUGAAUUGAGUUAAACUGAAGCAAACCUCAGUAGAGUAAAAACCUGUUAAACCGUGACCUCUGUUUUCAGUUUAAUUUUUUAAAUGUUUUUAUAGACAAGUUGCCCUUUAGCAACUUAAUAAUAAACAUUAAUUAUUAUUUAUUAAUAAUAUAAUAAUAAAAUGUUUUAUUACAUUAUUUAAUAAAUGUUAAAAACAUUUGAUUCUAUUCGCACUUAAAUAUUUCUAUAAAUAAAGAUGGGAUCAGUGACGGGUUUUAUUAGCGUAUAGAGGGGGGAGGGGUUUGGAGAGAUGAUGAUUGAGGUCAGGUGAUUUUUAACAUUAUGGUUUGCUUGUUAUGUUCAUUUCCUGUAAGGGAUGCAUAUUAUUAGCUGACCUUUGUGGUGUUGAUGUAAUGAUGAUACACUCAGCGAUUCAACUGGCUUUUACUGAGAAAAAGAACAAUGGGGGGAGGGAAUAGUUUGAUGAAUAGAGAGAGACGGAAGUGGGGGGGGGGGUUUAACGAACUAAUACAAAAUGUCAGGGUCACAUACUCCCAACACUUCUUCCUACUCUGCUCAUCCUCGACAGACGGACAGUCAAGAGGCUUAAAUGCUGUGGUAAGGCUUCAUCACACAGUAGUCGUCUUUAUUGCUGUGUGCUACCUGCCACAGCCAGAUCAGCCAGCCACUAUAAAGAGGUAAGGACAUAACCGUCUGAAGGCUGGUGAAUAGAUGUCCCGUUAUAAAAGGCUGCUCGUGCUCUAUAUAAGGGCUCGGUUGGUUUAUUACUAAAGGUCAGUUUCCCAUUCAGCAUCUUGCAUACUACAGUACAAAGAAAAGGCUAUAUUUUUAGAGGAGAUAAAAUCUGCAAAUGUAUUGUUAUGUGUAGUUAUAGUUAUAUAUAUUAAUAUUAGAUUAUUUAAAAAUGAAUCCCUAUAUCAUGGAUUGACUGAGGAGAAUUGAUGACUUGAUAAUGACGCAAUGAUGAUGUGAUAAUGACUCGAUAAUGACGUGAUAAAGACUCGUUGAUGACUUUCCAAUGUAUCGAUAAUGACUUGAUAAUAAAUCGAUAAUGACUUAAUAAUGUCUAGAUAAUGACUCAACGAUGACGCGAUAAUGACUCGACGAUGAUUCAAUGAUAACUUGAUAAUAUCAUGAUAACGGGGUGCCAAUGACUUGAGGAUGACUUGGUAACGGCAUUAUAAUGACUCAAUAAAGACUUGAUAAUGACUCGACGAUAACUCGAUGAUGACUCGAUAAUGACUUGAUAAUGACUCGACGAUAACUCGAUAAUGACUCGAUAAUGACUUGAUAAUGACUCGACGAUAACUCGAUAAUGACUCGAUAAUGACUCGAUAAUGAUGACAUAAAAACAUAAUAAUGUGCUAAGACAAGGGCAUUGAAAGUCACUGUAGCUGCUUGGUGAUGUGCACAAGUGGAAUGACACAUUUAGAUGGAAGAUAUUUAUAGACGAAUGAAUAUUAACUAAUAUAAUUAUAUGUGAUUUGUUUUGAGUGUUUCCUUUUUUAUUUGGUACUUUUACGUGUGCAUGUUCACUCAGUGAAAUAACACACUGGGUACAGAUGUCAGUUCAACGUCUGUUCAAAUCAAAUUGUAUUGGUCGCAAACACAUAUUUAGCAAUGUUAUUUUGGGUGAGGCAAAAUGCUUGCGUUCUGAGCUCCAACAGUGCAGUAGUAUCUAACAAUACACAACAAACCAAUAUGUACACAGUGGGAAAUUAUAUAACCAUGGCUAGUACCGCCCAUUGGACUACCAAGGAGCAGAGGGGUCAGAGAGAGAGAGAGAGAGAGAGAGAAGGGACUGUGACCUAAAGACAUCCUAUCAUUUAUACUUAUUGACUAUUCAGCCCUGAUCACAAUGUACAGAUUAUUCCACUUCUUGAUUUCUCUAAGCAUCCUCCUCCCUGCCUCCAAUUACUAUCUCUUGUAUCUACCUAGUGAACUGAUCUGCCUUGCUACAACAGUGCUGGUGCUUCAUAGUCACAGAUCCUGGAUCAGAUCCUGCUGCUCAUCUCAAUCCUUGCUUCUUUCAGCUUGUUGUCCAGGUGUUUUGUUGUGGAUGUCUCUCUCUCUCUCUCUCUCUCUCUCUCUCUCUCUCUCUCUCUCUCUCUCUCUCUCUCUCUCUCUCUCUGCAUACAGUAGACCUACACUCUGUAGUUUUCUCAUGUCAUCCUGUUGUCAUGUUCUCAUGUCCUCCUGUCCUCCUGUUGUCAUGUAAUGUCCUCCUGUGGUCAUGUCCUCCUGUGGUCAUGUCCUCCUGUUGUCAUGUCCUCCUGUUGUCAUGUUGUCAUUUUCUCCUGUUGUCACGUCCUCCUGUUCUCCUGUUGUCAUUUUCUCCUGUUGUCAUGUCCUCAUGUUGUCAUGUUCUCACGUCCUCCUGUUGUCAUGUCCUCCUGUGGUCACUUUCUCCUGUUGUCAUGUCCUCAUGUUGUCAUGUUCUCACGUCCUCCUGUUGUCAUGUCCUCCUGUGGUCACUUUCUCCUGUUGUCAUGUCCUCAUGUUGUCAUGUUCUCAAGUCCUCCAGCUGUCAUGUUCUCAUGUUUUCAUUUUAUCCUGUUGUCAUGUCCUCAUGUUGUCAUGUUCUCACGUCCUCCUGUUGUCAUGUCC